AAGUAUAUACCAGUAAACUGGUGCGUUUGAUGCAAUUUUGGUAGGAAGAAAAUGGAAGGACGCAAUGACGACGAAGAAGGUGGAAGCAGCGCCAUAUUUUCUGAACUCAAACAUUACUGCAUAGAACUACUGGAACUCCGCUUAAACCCUAAGAAAAACUCCUCAACUCUCUCUCAUCUGCUUCAACUUCUUCGCCGCUCCUCUCCUGUUUCUCUCCAGCCCUUCUUCGACUUCACAUUGUUACCGUUGCUGCUUCUACUGAAUGCCGCUGUUGAUAGCAGAACAUCACCCUGCAUUGAUUCUAACGUGAUGCCACAGACAGUGAGUGAUAUCGUGAUGGAAGAUGCUCUUCAUUGUCUAGAGGAACUUCUGAAGAAGUGUUGUUUAGGGUCCGUGGAUCAGUUCAUUGAACUAACAAAGAAAUUGAGUCGCGGGGCGUCGCUUCCUCCUCUGGAGGCUUCAGAAGAGUUCCGUGAAGGAGUGAUAAGGUGUUUCAAAGCACUGUUGCUUAAUCUGCGUUGCUGUUCCAGUGAGUCCUGCUCAUGCAAACAAAUCAGUGGUUGUCCUUUGCUUCUGGAAAGAAAAAAUUUGCAUUCUCCACCUGUCUCAAAACUUAAAUUCAAGGAUGAAGAGUGUUUAAUUGCAUUUCUACAGUCUGAAACUGCUUCAGUUGCUGUUGGAAAUUGGCUAUCACUUCUGCUGAAGGCAGCAGAUGCUGAGGCAGCACGGGGGCAGCAAGGCAGCGCAAGCCUUCGGAUAGAAGCUUUUUCUACUCUGAGAAUACUUGUUGCUAAGGUUGGCACUGCAGAUGCUUUAGCCUUUUUUUUGCCUGGAGUUGUUAGUCAAAUUGGCAAAGUUUUGCAUAUGUCGAAAACGUUCAUUAGUGGGGCUGCUGGGAAUGCAGAAGCUUUGGACCAAGCGAUUAGAAGCUUGGCAGAAUUUCUUAUGAUAGUUCUCGAUGAUGAUUCUAACUUGCCUUGUCUUGAUCCAUCCCUUGACGAUGUCAAGAAAGAGAAAUCACCAAUGGCGUUUCUGGAGGCACUUCGUCAUUUGCCCUCUACUAUGCAUGAUCAAAAUUUGAGUGAGGCUGUUGACAGAGGCACCCUUGUACUUAGCUCUACAGAGAGGGAAAGUGUCAUACCUAGAAAUGUGAAUGGAUCUUUGCGUGUAAUUCGUACAAAAGACUGGAUUGUUGAUACCUCGUCGCAUGUUGAUAAGCUGUUAUGCGCAACUUAUCCCCAUCUUUGCAUGCAUCCAAGCAGAAAAGUAAGACAAGGACUCUUGGCGGCAAUACAGGGACUCUUAUUAAAAACCAGUUGUGUGUUGAAGGGAAGCAGAUUGAUACUUUUGGAAAGUCUAUGUGUCUUGGCAUGUGAUGACUCCGAGGAGGUGUCUUCAGCUUCACAGUUGUUCUUUAGGUAUCUGCUCACGUCACAUGGAAAGCGUCAAGUAAAAGAUGAUGUUAGAGAAGUUUUUAACAGGCUUGUUGAAAAGCUUCCAAAGGUGGUCCUUGGAGCUGAUGAAUCAUAUGCAAUUGCACAUGCCCAGAAACUACUCGUACUGAUCUAUUUUUCAGGGCCUUGGCUCGUGACAGACUACCUCCUUCAGUCUCCUGUAAGAUCUGCUCAAUUCUUGGAUGUUUUAGCCCUCUGUCUGAGUCAAAAUUCAGUUUUUGCUGGUUCCCUUGAGAAGAAUGUUGUAGCAAAGCCUUCCUCAUCAGGCUUCAUGCAUUCCCUAGCAGAGAUAAGAGCUGUUAGAGCUGCUGGCUUUGACAAUCUGGGAAGUAGAGAGAAUCAAAAUAGAAGAGUACAUGCCACAGAAAGUGUAAAGAAUGAGCAUCAGCUGCCUCGCAUGCCACCUUGGUUUGUUUAUGUUGGCAGUCAGAAGCUGUACCAUUCUCUAGCUGGGAUCCUUCGACUUGUAGGUUUAUCUUUAUUUGCAGAUUCUCGAACUGAGGGGUCUCUCUCUGUUAUCAUUGACCUUCCAUUGGAGAACCUGCGGAAAUUGAUUUCUGAAAUACGGAUGAAGGAAUACAGUGAAGAAAGCUGGCAAUCUUGGUACAACAGGAUUACUUCAGGACAAUUAGUACGACAGGCCAGUACAGCUGUGUGUGUCCUGAAUGAGUUGAUAUUUGGUUUGUCAGAUCAAGCAAUUGAUGACUUUACCAGAAUGUUUAGAGCAUAUGUAAUGGCACCGCAAGAAAAUAAGAAGUGUCAAGAAGAUGAGAGUCAACAUUGCAAAAUUGAACAAUCUGCACCAGAGGGAUCUAUUUGGAAGAUUUGCCAAGUUAAGGGAGAAAGGAAUCAUUUAGUUGACUGCAUUGGCAGCAUAUUACAUGAAUACCUAUCCCCUGAAAUAUGGAGUCUGCCCGUUGAACAUACGGCUGCUUUACAACAAUCUGAUUGUGAGGAUAGGAACAUUAGCUCGCAUUUCUUUAAUGACAACGUGAUGUUGCAGCAGGUUAUUAUUGAUGGAACUGGCAUCUUUUCAAUGUGCCUUGGGAAAGAUUUUUCUUCGUCGGGAUUUCUUCAUACAUCUCUUUAUAUGUUGCUUCACAAUCUUAGUUGCUCUCGCUUCCAAAUCAGUAGUGCAUCUGAUGCUGUAUUACGCAUUGUUGCUGCUAUGCAUGACUAUCCAACAGUUGGACACUUGGUUAUAGCAAAUUCAGAUUAUAUAAUUGAUUCAAUAUGCAGGCAGCUGCGCUCUCUUGAGCUUAACCCUGAUGUACCAAAUGUACUUGCUGCCAUGCUUUCGUACAUAGGAGUGGCGCACAGUAUAUUUCCUCUGUUGGAGGAGCCAAUGCGUGCUGUUUCCAUGGAGCUUGAAAUUCUUGGCAGGCAUCAAAACCCUGGCUUGACCAUUCCCUUCUUGAAGGCAAUGGCAGAAAUAGUUAAGGCAUCAAAGCAUGAGGCUAGUGCUCUGGUGGAUCAAGCAAAGUCAUAUUAUGAGGAUGUGGAAUCUAGAAAGCUGAACCUGCAGAAGGGGGCAGAAAAGAUUUUUGAUGAUUCAGGUUCAUAUAAUGAUGACAAUGUUGGCAUGGAGUCGUCUGAAUCUGGGAUGCGGAUCUACGCCAAUGAUGUUCAUACGCAAAUGGAGUGGGAGACUAUGAUGUUCAAAAUGAGUGACUUCAGAAGGUUUAGACGAACAGUUGGAUCUAUUGCAGGUUCAUGUUUAACAGCUGCAACUCCAUUACUUGCUUCAGCAAAACAAGCAGCAUCCCUGGUAGCACUUGAUAUAGUUGAUGAUGGAUUUUUGACAAUUGCCAAAGUGGAGGAUGCCUACAAGCAUGAGAAGGAAAUCAAAGAGGCAAUUGAACAUGUGGCUGAAAUGUGUUCAUUCUAUAGUCUUAGGGAUGCUUUAGAUGCUGAUGCUGAUGAAUCUACUGAGAACAGACUGCUCCCUGCAGCCAAUAAAGUAUGGCCUUUUUUGGUUGCUUGUAUUCGAAAUAAGAGUCCAUUGGCUGUUCGAAGAUGUGCGCAUACUAUUAGUAAUAUUGUGCAAAUAUGUGGAGGUGACUUCUUUACUCGGCGUUUCCAUACAGAUGGGAAACACUUCUGGAGCCUUUUAAGUACUUCACCAUUUCAAAAGAGAGCUCCACAUUUAGAGGAGGCUCACUUGAAGCUUCCAUACCGAGGUGAUUCUGCAUCUUCAGGAGAUCCAGUAGCUGAGAUUUCUGAUCUAAAAGUCCAGGCCGCGGUGCUCAGCAUGCUUGCGGAUCUGGCUCAGAAUAAACAUAGUGCUUCAGCACUGGAAGCAGUUCUGAAGAAGGUCAGCGGUCUCGUUGUUGGGAUAGCAUGUAGCGGUGUUGUAGGCCUUCGAGAUGCAUCUGUGAAUGCCCUUGCUGGACUCGCUUCAAUCGAUCCUGAUCUUAUUUGGCUCCUUCUAGCUGAUGUUUAUUACUCGAAGAAGAUAGAGACACCUAUGCCUCCUACAACAGUAGAGUUUUUAGAGAUAUCUCAAAUUUUACCUCCACCUUUGUCUUCCAAAGGUUACCUUUAUAUGCAGUAUGGAGGGAAUAGUUACGGUUUUGACAUUGAUUUUACUUCUGUCGAGACCGUGUUUAGAACAUUACAUUCCCAGGUUUUCAAUUCACAAAUGUACAUUUGAUUUCCAAUAUCUCUAGUGACUUCUUUCUUGUGGUUGGGGUUGAGGGUGCAAAGGAGCUAAUUAUUCAAUCCUAGGCAAUCUGCACUCUCAGAAAGAUCCAUGGUGACAGGAAGAAGAGUAGCAAAGGGGUGUUUUCAGUCAAGUCAUGCUAUAGAUAUCACGAAAAGAAUUACACUUGAAGCCUUGGCCCUGGAAGCAGAUCUGGAAAACCAACGGUCCAUAAAAAGUGGCAUGUUUUUCUUGGAUAGUAGUCAAAGAGGCUUGCCUAACUCAUGAUAAUCUUCAGAAGAGAGGAAUGAGGUAAUGCAGUAGAUUUACCUUUGUGGAUUACAGAGGCCCCCAACUACUUAUUUUUGCUCUGCUCUGUCGCAUAUCAAAUGUGCCAAUUGUUUCUGAAGUUUGCUGGCACCAAAUGGGCCAUUCCUCGGACAAUCAUUGCCCGUUUGAGAUGUUGGCAAGGAAAAAUGAAGAACUAAGUGGUGGUACACAGCCCCUGCAUGCAUUCUGGUGGACUGUUUGAUGUGAAAGAAAUGCUAGAUGCUUUGAAGAUUAAGUUCAACUCUAUCCAAAAUAUCAAGUUCUAGUGUACUUUGUCCUUUUAGUUUUGAUGUAAAGAGGAACUUAUAGAAGAAACAGAUUCAAUACUUGGUUUAUAGAAUCACUCCAUGGUUAGAAGAGGGAUAUGAUUUUGGAUUUUGCUCACUCGGUACAGAUCUGCUGCAUUAAACUUAGUGCUACUUUUGUGAAUAAUAUUUGUUACCUUUUUCGAGAGAAAAAAAGAGCCAUGAUGCGUUUUACUUUUAA